AUGAGUCAACCCACCCAAAUACAGCAAGCAACCGAAAAUAUCCACACCAUGUUCACAGGCUCUGAUAACGUGGAUACCAUGUCCAAUGAGGCCCUGGUCAAUUCUUACCGGUCGCUGGAUCCCUCUCGCGCCUCGCUGGAAGACUACAAUCGCUCCAUGCUACAAUACACCCAGCGCCAAAUGUCUUCCUUCGUGGAUACAGACGACUCCCGUCGUGAUAGCCAGAGCAGCGGGAAGAGUGGUCGUAGCAUCGCUUCCAGUGGCAGCAAUAUAUCCCGGCAGACCACUGAAUCCUUCACACCUGUCAGCAAUACCCCUCAACUUGCCGAGACUAAGGUCAGUGGCCGCGAUAUGGCUUGA